UCCCUAAUAAAAAAGAUGUCGCUAAAGCUCUUAUACCUCUUCCUGUUCCUCUCUUCUACCCUUGCAAUAGACUCAGAUCCUCCAAUCUUGUCAAUCACGACUGAACUAGUCAAGCAGAAAUCUCCUGAAAAAUCCCUUCGCCAAAAUAUCACCGUAAUGAGUGACUCUAAGCCGACUACUUUCUUUUUGUGAAAUAAAGAAUUCUGUACAUGCAAGAACACCCCAGUCUUCACUGAAAAACACACCACCCAAUACCGGAUCUUCACGGUUACCUCUCCUACAGACUUGAACAUCCCCAUAAAGGCUACUCUGUUCAACUAUUACUACCCAGACAUGAACGACUCGAUUGUAGUCCAGCCUGAAAUUCUGAAGCUGGAGGCAGGCCAGCCUAAAGAGUUUAAACUUAUGUACGAACAAACCAGAAAUAAGGAACUUGAGAAAAUAGUCAGGGUAGAGCUUGAUGAUGUCAGGUUUGAGUAUGUCAAGCAAUGAUAUCUGGACCCACAGAGAGAUGAGAAAUAUCUUUAUGCAGCAGCAACGUUAUUGGGAAUAGCUGUAGUGGUGAUUGCUAUAGCCGCGAAACAAGACCAAUUCCAGUUUAUACAGGAGUCAGGUGAAGCUGAUAUGUACGAAAUUCAGAGCUUGAGUGUGAAGCAGGUUCUCGGAGUCCUAGCAAUAGCUUCUUGUGUCCUUUUUGGGUUUUAUCUGAUGAUCAAAUUCUUCUCUCUGAUAUGGCUUGUCACUAUCUUUUUCCUAUUUUCUAUCACUUUUCUAUUGAUUCCUCUUUUUGCUGAAGUAAUAGACUACCUUGCCAAAGGUAAUGUGUAUUCCAUCUGCAAUCUUGCGAUAAUGAAAGAAUCCGUGAAGUUAAAAUUUAUUGCUUCUACAGCCAUUGCUGUUUCUCUGGUGCUCUAUUGGUAUAUUACAAGAAAUUGGCUUGCAUGAAAUCUAAUCGGAUGUCUUUGAGUCAUCGUUAUCCUAAAAAUGAUGAGAUUAAAUAAGCUCAUGCCUGGCAUCCUUCUUUUAUCUGCCUUGUUCUUUUAUGACAUCUUUUGGGUCUUCCUAUCCCCUUACAUCUUCGGUGGAGAGAGCGUGAUGAUGGUAGUAGCUACAAAUGUUGAUCUUCCUGCUAAGCUCCAGUUUCCUCACUAUAAUUUUUCUACUAUUUUUACAGGAGCUAAUCCAUUUGUACCAUGAGCCUUAAUCGGUCUGGGAGAUCUAGCAGUUCCAGGAUUUUACAUUAGUUAUAUCUCAAGAUUUGGGGAUUAUAUGAAUGCUAAAGUCUAUCUGAUCAGCCACCUUAUUGCUUAUUUUCUAAGUAUUUGUGCAUGAAUCUAUGUGAUUUCCCUCGGAAAUGGAGGUCAGCCAGCUUUGCUAUACAUAGUCCCUGCUUUAUUUAUUGCAACUUUCAUAGUCGGAAAACUCAGGGGUGAGAUGAGUGAUCUCUUCGAAGGUCUCCCCUCAGCCCUCGCAAUCAAGAGAACCACUAUUGAAUAUGACAAUAACGAGAUAGACCAUGACAGCAGUGAGUUACACGAAUUCAACUUGAGUGAUGAGGAUUAAGAUUCAACA